AUGCGGGUGCAGACGCACCGACAAGCGUCACAUCCGGGGGUAGCGAUGCCGCAGCUGCUGUCAAGGCCUACCCCGCCGCUGGCAGCGGUUGCUCGUGCUGGCGCCGCCGGUGCUACAAGUGCUGCCACAACCGAGCCAAGCUUCGCUCCGCCAUCCGGACAACCUCCCUCCGCCUCUGCCGCCGAGGGCACCUUUCUGCUCGUCGACGACGUCCCCCCCCCCGCCGGCAUUCGAGAUUCGUUCGCUUCGAUAGUCGACGACCCCUUCUUCCUCCGCUUCCACGACCCCCAACCCGGCCGCGAGACCGAGCCUGCGACGGCCCCAGGUCCCGACCCGCAACGCGUCCCGGCGACGAGUGCUGGUAUUGGCAAUGAGCAACGUCAGCCGUGGAUCCCGCCCCGGAAAGAAUCUUUGAGCGAUACCAAUCCGACUCCCUGGUUUGAGCAUGCCCAACACGCAAUGGAAUCCAUAAAUAUCGCCGUCAUUGGCGCCGAAGGUGUGGGCAAGUCCACCUUCAUCCGCCACCUCUGCCGGACACCCGUACCGUCGGCCCCGAAUAUCACAAAAAUGCACCACGAGCUCGACGGCGCCCCCUAUUUCGUCACUCUAGUUGAGCUCGAUCUCGAGGGCAUCGAGCUGGACCCGAACCAGCCCAUCCACUGGCCGAAACAGAUCGGAGGACACCGCCUGCCCUGCAUGGACGGCGCACUGAUCCUGUACGAUGCCAUGGACGAAGAGACAAUGCGGGAGGUGCCCCCAAUCAUAGCCGCGCUCGCAAAUUCCUCCCUGCCGACCGUCCUGGUCGCUACAAAAUGUGACACGCCCGACGACCUACGACACCCCGAUCUGGCGGGGCUCGCUUCCGUCUUUGCUACCUGUGCCGGCCAUUUCAGAACCGCGUCUAACGCGCCGGGGAGCGCUCGAGAAUGCCUGCAAGCAAUGUUGAGGGCUGCUCUGGCCAAUCGGAGAGGCAACGCAGAAAGUUCCAGCACCCGGCGGCGUGCUGCUUCGACAGCGAAUCUCGAUGCGCCCGUGGAGAUGCAUAAUGGGCGCCCCAUCAGUCAGCACAGUAAGCACAGCAGGGCCAGUUCUGACUUUUCGCUUCUGCGCGGCUUCCCGCAACCGCCGCCACCUUCUAGGUCUCCGAGGCUGGAUUAUCAGAGCGGCGCUUCAGGCAGCAGCCUAAACUAUAGCGCGGCCAUUCCCGAGGACGGCAAGCAACAGACAGUGUCAAGCAUGCUGCGGACUCCGGGCAUUCGCUUAGAUGGCGGAGCCGAAUCGUUCCUCAACGUCGACGAAUCCGACGGAGAGUCAUUCCAGAACUCGGACGACAUUCCCAUCCUGCAGCGUAAUGACGAGAGCCCUGCUGGCCAACCGGCCAAGGAGAUGGGUGUGACUCUCGGCGAGCUCGUCGACAGGCUUCUGGCACCCAAGAUGUCCAAGGCAGACCACAACUUUGUCGACGUGUUCCUCUGUCUGUACCGAAAAUUUGCCGCCCCUUCUAAGUUGCUAGCAUCGAUCCGCACACGGCUGGACCAGUUGCGGAAUGACCGAGGUGCACAAUACCUGAUCAAAACAGACGCUCAGAUGCGGAUCGUCGAGGUCGUGGCGAAAUGGCUGUCGCUGUACCCCGGGGACUUUGCGAGGUCGGCGACGAGGAACAGUCUGGAGGAACUGAUCAGGCAACUGUCGUUGGAGCCAGUCUUUGUCGCGGCUGCGCAGCAAAUGCGACUGCACCUCGACCACAAGGUCACCGAAGACGACGACACGGAUUGGGCAUGUUCGGAUCCCGUGGAGGAUGACGAGGGCAAGGACGUGGCGGGACAGAGACGGAGCGGUGUGGCAGAGUCGAUGAGCUCCUUGCAGCUGGAGGACGCUAGCGUGCCCAGCCAGCGGCGUCCGUCCCAGAGUUCGGACUUAUCCGGCUUGGAUUCGCACGGCGGUCGGGUUCUGGCGCGGUUUCAGUUUUAUUCGGUCGAGGACUACGAGCGCGAGGCGGCUACCCUUGUACCAACACCCACGGUCCCCCUCAACAAGUUCCGGUACCACAUGUUUAUGGGGCUCGACGCGGACGACAUAGCCGAGGAGAUGACGCGCAUAGACUGGGUCAUGUUCAGCUCGAUCCGGAUCCGCGACCUGGUGCGCCACGUCAGCCUGUCGGCCGACCAGAAGGAGAAGUGCCGCAACCUGAGAAACGUCAACCGCAUGGUCUCGCACUUCAACCACAUCGCCCAGUGGGUCGCCAACAUGAUCCUCAUCCGCGACAAGGCCAAGCACCGCGCCCCCUGCCUCGAAAAGUUCAUGACCAUCGCCCUCAAGCUCCGCCAGCUGAACAAUUACAACGGCCUGGCCGCCGUGCUGGCCGGCCUCGACGGCACGGCCAUCCACCGCCUCGGCCAGACGCGCUCGCUGCUCACGCCCGAGGUGGAGAAGCGGUACAAGGGCCUGAACCUGCUGAUGGGCACGGCCAAGAGCCACUUUGCGUACCGCCUCGCGUGGGAGAACUCGCCGCUGCCGCGCAUCCCCUUCAUUCCGCUGCACCGGCGCGAUCUCGUCUCGGCCGAGGAGGGCAGCCGGACGUUUGUGGGGCCCAACGGGGACCGCAUCAACUGGAAGAAAUUUGAGGUCCUCGGCGAGGUGCUGCUGCCCAUCAUGAAGAGCCAGGGCCAGCCGUACCAAAAUCUGCAUCGGAAUGAGUCGUGCAGGGAGCUGAUUAUGGAUUGUCGGAUGCCGACGGAUGAGGAGGACAUUUACCAGCGCAGUGUGCAGGUCGAGCCUGUGGGCAUUGCGGCAGAGCCGAAUAGGAGGAAGUUUCCCUGGUUGCCCAAGUAG